UCUGUAUACAGGAACUAACAUGUCUGCUGUGUAUGGAGGAGUCGAAGGGGGAGGAACGCAUUCCAAAGCUGUCUUAAUCUCACAAAAUGGGCAGAUCCUGUCUGAAACUGAUGGCCCGUGUACUAACCACUGGCUGGUUGGCACAGAGAAGUGUCUGCAAGCAAUCAAUGACAUGGUUACAGAGGCAAAGGAGAAAAUCGGCUUGGAUCCAGAGCUUCCUAUAAAAUGUUUGGGCAUGUCCCUGAGUGGGGGAGAGCAGAAAGAGGCCAUUGACCAGUUAAUUAAGGAGAUGGAGAGGCGCUUUCCCAAACUCAGUGAAAACUAUUACAUCACAAGCGACGCUAUCGGUGCCAUCGCAACUGCCACAAAGCUAGGCGGUGUGGUACUUAUUUCAGGAACGGGAUCUAAUUGCAAACUGGUCAAUGCAGACGGAUCAGUGGUCGGCUGCGGUGGCUGGGGACACAUGAUGGGAGACGAGGGGUCAGCCUACUGGAUAGCUCACCAAGGUAUGAAGACUGUAUUUGAUGAAAUCGACAAUCUAGCUCCCUCUCCAUAUGACAUCACCUACGUCCAGCAAGCUAUGUUCAGCUACUUCCAGGUAUCAAACCGGCUGGGCAUCCUCACCCAUUUGUAUACAACAUUUGAAAAAUCCAAGAUUGCAGGAUUCUGUAUAAAGCUGGUGGAAGGUGCCAACCUUGGGGACCCUCUCUGCUGCUCUUUGUUUCGCCAAGCUGGGGAGGUCCUUGCCCGUCAUGUUGUUGCCGUCCUGCCAAAGAUUGACCAAGUCCUUUUCCAGGGGGAUCUUGGUCUCAUGAUUCUGAGUGAGGGAUCCGUGUGGAACAGCUGGGAGCUGAUAAAAGACGGAUUCAUAGAGGUGCUGGAGAAGAUAAGAAGCACCCCGACUGGAGGCAAGCUCACCAGGUUUAGCCUUCUAAAGCUCAAACAGUCAUCAGCAGUGGGAGGAGCUAGCCUGGGUGCAAAGCACAUUGGACAUGAUCUACCUCUCAACUAUGCAGCCAAUGUGGACAUCUUCUACACACAUUCCUUUACUUAGUCAAUCCACUUACAAUCACGUAUCCAUUUUAUUUCAAUGAUUGCUAAUUAUUAAUAUGUUUACACCCAAAGAAGCGGGGUCUUCUUUUUAUCCUAAUCAGGGCUUGAAAAAUGUAACCCAAACUUAGGAUCCAGCUAUGCUUUUUUUAUGAACCCAGGAAAAUGUUUUGUAUACUGAUGUAUGUAGUAUAUUGAAAUUUAGGAGCCAGGUUAAAUUCAAAGAGUCAUAUAUUUGCCAUGCUCUGAUUUACCCUCUUCAUACUGGAAUAAAACACUCCUAGCUGGGUGUACUCUUCACAGGGAAAUUAUAUUGCAUAACUUAUAUGUUCUAAUUUAUUAGUAAUCGAGGCUCAGUAAUGCAAAAUUUACAUUGCUAGGUGUGACAAGGGAUAUUAAGCUGCUGUGCACAGCUACAACAAUUGGUUACUGCUCACCAUGUUUUUGUUAAUUAAGCUUCAAUUUCAAUACUGGACACCACCAUCUUGGUGGACAUUCACAGAUCACAGCUGUGUUGUGCACUUUGUGGUAAUGAGCAGCAUGAUGCAGAGCAGAAGUAUUACAUUUUUGCAGGGGGCUGCAUUGCUGCAUAUUAUUCGUAUGGACUUUUUAUAUAUGUUAUAGAACUUUUAAACUGUGUAUAAAAACUGCAAACAUGUAAAAUUCAGCUCUGUAUUGUGCGUGCUAGCCUGAAUCGCACUAUACGGCUGUAUAAAAGCCAGCAACGUCACUGAUCUGUGACUGCGCACCAUUUAUGUCACAGUGCAAGAAUACGUAAGCUCUAAGAUGGUGCUGCCCAGUAUUACUAUACAUCACCAGCCAGCACCUGUACAUAAAUAACAUAACAGCUUUGAAGAAAGCUGCAGGCAUAGGAGGAAAAAUAAUAGCAUUCUGAGUAGUACCUGUUAUGUUGAAAUUGUGUCCAGUAAUUUAAUGUCCCAGCAAAAGGAUUAAACACUCAGAUAAAGUCCGACUCUAGCGCUGCAAGCCUGGUUUUUCCUGAGCAGGAUACAACCAGAUAUUGGCUGACGUCUGCUUGUGAUUGGCUCUUGCUGAGGAGCUGUAAGGAAGGCUUUAUUUGGUGAUUAGCCCUUUUGCAGAUGUUGAACACCAUUAUGUAGGAUAUGUCAUACUAUAACAAAUAAGCAAGUCAUUUAGCCCCUUGCAUGCAAGAAAUGUUUGCAACGCACCAUCUCUGGCAACCACAGGGUUAAUUAUUCCCUUAUAGAAUAAAAACCUAUGUGCAGUGUGGUGUCAGAUUGUAACCAACUGUUUACAAGAAAUAAAUAGACUCCAUGCCUGAAGAUAAUGUAUUUUAUACUAAGGAUACAUUUUGUUGUUAAAUUUGAAAACACAGUAACUUGAAAUCUAAACGUUAACAUUAACUGUUGUGAAAUCACAUAAAACAUGUCCUAACUAGGAUUGAUUCUUUACCUGCACACUAAAUUAUAGAAUACAAUUAUGUUCCACACUUAACUAAUAAAGAAGUUGCUCUAUUUGUACGUCUUGUGCAAAACAUACACAUUUCAUUAUCUAACUAUAACCAGCUUGUCUGACUUAUGGAAUCCAAAAGUGCCCCUUUAUGUCUGUAAUAUACCCCUUUUUAAAAAAAACAAAGGUUAAAACAUUAUCACUAGGGGCAAUUGGAAACUUACACUCUCUGGGAAAUAAAUUCCCCAUUUAUAGCCCCAUAAAAUGUAUAUCCUCAAAAACUACCAUUCCAUAUAGUGUACUAUUCCUCCCUCACUUAAAGGGACAUUAUUUUUUAAUAUAUGCAUUACAAAUGAAUCAUUGCAUUGUGAAAUAAAAAUAAAUGCGUUUAAAGCAUUUACACCGUUAUUUACAAAUUUGCAUAAGAAAAUAUUUUAUGGGGAACUACGUUUUAGUGUAAUGUCCUUUUAAUUUAUUAUCUCCCACAAGCCCAGUGGAUUCAGAAAGGUUUGCUAGAAAACGUAAUCUAUAAAAACCGUAAGCAAAGUCAUCCUCUUCCUUGCCAGUCGCUUUCCCAUAUAUAUAUAUAUAUAAUGUACCCUGUAUAUUGCUGCAUAACAUGUUGGCACUUAAAGGGACAGUCUACUCCAGACUUGCAUUUUAGCUAAUCAGUGCCCUCUCAUGGCACAUAUGAUCUAACGCCCUCUAGCUGUUAAAAAACUGUCAAAUGCAUUGAGAUGAGGCAGCCUUAAAGGGACAGUCAAGUAUAAAUUAAACUUUCAUUAUUCAGAUAGGACUUUUAAUUUUAAGUUACUUUCCAAUUUACUUUUAUCAUCAAAUUUGCUUUUUUUCUCUUGGUAUUCUUAGUUUAAACUAAACCUAGGUAGGCUCAUAUGCUAAUGUCUAAGCCUUUGAGGGCUGCCUCUUAUCACAUGCUUUUUAAAUCUCUUUUCAACACAAAGAGACAGAAAGUACACGUGGGCCAUAUAGAUAACACUGUGUUCAGGCACAGGGGGUUAUUUAAGAUCUAGCACAACACAAUGCUAAAUUUAAGACAAUAGAUAAUAAACAGUCACAGUCAUGUGAUCAGGGGGCUGGAAGAAGGUUCCUAGAUACAAGGUAAUCACAGAGGUAAAAAGUAUAUUAAUAUAACUGUGUUGGUUAUGCAAAACUGGGGAAUGAGUAAUAAAGGGAUUAUCUAUCUUUUAAAACAAUAACAAUUCUAUGGUUGACUGUCCCUUUAAAGGGAUACUGAACCCAAAUUUUUUCUUUCGUGAUUCAGAUAAAGCAUGCAAUUUUAAGCAACUUUCUAAUUUACUCCUAUUAACAAUUUUCUUUGUUCUUUCGCUAUCUUUAUUUGAAAAAGAAAGUCCAGAACCCUGGACACCACUUGUUUAUUGGUGGAUGAAUGUAUCCACCAAUCAGCAAGAACAACCCAGGUUGUUCACCAAAAAUGGGCCAGCAUCUAAACUUACAUUCUUGCUUUUCAAAUAAAGAUACCAAGAGAAUGAAGAACAUUUGCUUAUAGGUAUAAUUAGAAAGUUGCUUAAAAGCUCUAUCUGAAUCACAACAGAAAAAAAUUGGGUUCAGUGUCCCUUUAAAGGGCUUAAAUUAGCAUAGGAGUCUACCUAUGUUUAGAUUUCAACAAAGAAUACCAAAAGAACAAAGCACAUUUGAUGAUAAAAGUGAAUUGCAUGCCCUAUCUGAAUCAUGAAAGUUUAAUUUUGAUUAGACUGUCCCUUUAACACUAUAAAAUAAAGAGGUGUAAAUAUUUGUAAAACUCACAACACGUUCUUGCUGGUGUAGGUAGCUCUGCUGAUUGGCAAACAAGAAAUACUAUUUUUACAUAAAUAUCUAAUUUUCUGCCCUUUUUCACGGGUCUUUGGCAGCUGAUGGUUUGUAUUACCUAUGAACUUUUAAUAAAUUUGCAGUUAUAAUAUAA